CUACUAUUACAUAACUACUACAUACAAAUCACUACUAACACAUACUAUAAUACAGAUAAAAAAACCUAAAAAGCAAAGGUCAUUGCCGCUAUCUCAGCAACUUUGCCCGCUCCACCACGUCAUACCCCGCCGUGCCGAACAACUUCCUCUUUCCCAACUUCCACUGCGCCCUUUCGUCUUUCCACGACGAACCUCAACUGGCCUCACCAAGCCGUCCCAUUACUCCAUUGCAGUCACAAUGCGGCAGAGACACGCGUCUCAAUGAAUCUCGUCUCUCCCGUCACAAGAAGCAUGCUCCUGACCUCGUCGUUCAUAUUUGUUCGAUGUGGAAGCCAGAUCCAGAAUGAAACUCUCUCUAUAUCUCGAGUCUCGACGACAGUGCAUAUGAUGGAGAAAGAAACGACAACGAGUUUGUGGAGAAGCGAAAAUAGAGAGACGCAGACCGACGCACGAGCAAGGGAAGUUUUUGAGAGAGAGGUUGUGGAAGGAGUGGCGGCUGAAGGAUUAUGGUAAUGUUGGAUGGAUAUAUAUUAGGGGUUUAUAUAAGUUUUUACCAAAUUAGCCUUUAAUAAAUUUAAACCAUGAGAUUAAUUUUACAUAUAAUAGUUAUAACUUAUAAACAUGGUUAGCAUGGUGCUAACAAAUGAUGCAGUUAUAACUAUUAAUUUUACAUCUAAUAGUUAUAACUUAUAAACAUGGUUAGCAUGGUGCUAACAAAUGAUGCAGUUAGCAGCUAAACUCAUCCCGUGCCAUGACGAUUCUGACCACGGCUUCCCUACCUAGCUAAUUAGGGAUGACAAUGGGUCGGGUUGGGGCGGGUUUUGUCAAACUCAAACCCAAAACCAUGAGUUUAUCCGCCAAAAAAACCCGGGGUAAAACCCGCUGGGUUUGAAAAACUCAAACCCAAAACAAUUAAUAAAGAAUAUUAAUUGUUUAAGGAAGAUAUAUUAUUUAGAGUAUUAAAUAUACCGGAAAAGUAAUUAUAUGUGUGUGGGCGGAUACCCAUGAGGCGGGUUUACCUAAACCCAAACCCAACCCGAACCGGAGAAUAGUGUAGCGGGUUUAAACUCGAACCCGGCCCAAAAGCCGUCAAUACCAAUUUUACCCGCGUUGACCGGAUUGGGUCGGGUGGGUACCCGUGGGUUCUGGUUUUGUUGCUAUCCCUAGAGCUAACCCAUUCCUACCGCUAGAUUCUUCCCCCUAUUUUUCCACACUAUAAUCUUAAUUAUUUACCCUUUAUUUAUUUAUUUAUCAAACUCAGUACGAAGUCACGUGACCUUUUUAAUUAUGUUUAUUGAUUAAUUUCUGCGGGGGAGAAAAAAAGAACACGAAAAUGGAAUUAGAUUGCACGACAAAAUCACGUGAGCUCAUUAAAAAAGUGUCCGUUUAAACUUUAACGCAUGGCAUGGUGGCAGUGGUUCCUACCAUGAUUAAUAGAAAACAAAAAGAAAAACAUGGGAUGUUAUGGUAUGGCAUUGAGAUGUAUGUAUAUGUGAUGCGAUGGUGGCGGGGGAAGCAGGAAAAGAAGGCAAGUGGGUUACGGGAAAUGGAGAUUAGUCGCUUCUGUUUCCCGCCAACGACGCCUACGUGGAUGCCUGGUCCCACUGCUUUUUUUCCCGCCAAGUCGCCCCCUAUUUUCUAGGUCUUCAGCCACGCCACGGGCUGCCACGUGUCUGGCAUCCUAGGAAAAGUGGUGGACAGUUGUUGUUUCUCCCUUGACGGCUCAUGAAUUGGAGCCAUGAUUGAUUGAUGCCCUGCCCCUUUCUUGCUUGGAAACACAACUCCCCAAUCCUGCUCCCGUUGGGAUCUGUACGGAGGCAAAUGUGUAUAAAGUAUAAACUAUAUUACAAACAAAUGUGUGUAAAACAAGAGGUCAAUGUAGAUAACUAGUUAUUAGAUAUUGAAUGGCGGAUUUAUCGAUCCCCUUAAAAUAAAUCAUUUCAAUUUCUAGUUAGUGGACGAAAGUAUUGCCAAAUCUCGAGCGGAUGAUGGGAAUUUUUGGUGAUGUCAUGCCACCCUUUAUCUCGUGUCGGCGCUGGACAUUUAGUGUCAUCACAUUUCAUUUUGCACACUAGGGCAUCUAUGACGUAUGGUUACUUGUUGGUUGAUCGAACCAAGAUGGUCGACCAAUUUUUUUUCAUGGUCGGCGUCGCUGGUUUUCAGACACAAGUUGACAUGCAACGGCUUUAAUGCUCUCAACAAUAAACGACCGUCCCUCUCCAUUUUCCCCCUUUUAUGUUUCCAGAGACCUAACUUCCUUUUCCUUUUUUUAUUCGAAACCGGAAGCGAAAACCAUCCCCCCUACCUCAACUUCCCAUCAACAAAACUAGUAAUAUUUUGCUAAUUGCAUAUAUCCAACUCUCAAGAGCGAUAGAAGGUGGUUCACGAAGGAAGAAAAGUGAGGUUAUAAUUUAUAUAUAUCUCGUAGUUCAGCAGCUCAUAUUAUUCCUUGUAAAGUUUCCAUUUCAUAUGACGCCAAUGACUUGAUGACCCUCCAGAUUCUGUGGUGUAGACUUGCUAGAUGCUAAAUGCCGAUUUUUAUUUUGGAUUAAGGAGUUGGAGUCAACUAAAACGGUCAAACAAACAAAGAACCCUUUCCAAUUUCUUUUAUCAUUUUACAAUUUAUACUCGUCAGUAGUGGUACGUGGCUCUAGGCGCCGGUCAUGGUACGGAAACAGCUUUGAACCGCCGGUCCGGACGCAGCCGUACUUUCCGCCUCGGUCCUCCAUGCAAAUUUCCCCAUUGCUUGGCUUGCAGCUGCUGCUCCGGCAGCCGAUGCACAGCCAGUCUGUAGAAGUAUUAUUACUCGCAGAGAAACAACAGAUUUUCGAGAUACGGGAGCUUAUCAGCACUCAACAGAUUUCCACUGACAGAGAUGGGAUGCAUCAUCCACAAAAGUACAUGAUGUCAUUUACUUGUGGCUCACGCCGGAUGUUCCCCCUUUCCUUUUCCCGUUACUAACCAAACAGUCAAUGAUGGCCUUGUCAGUAGGAUGGCAACAAAACCCGAACCCACGGAUACCCACUCAACCCAACCCGGUCAACGCGGGUAAAAUCCGUGUUGACGGGUUUUGGGCCCGGUUUGGGUUUAAACCCGUUCACUAUUUACCGGGUUGGGUUGGGUUUGGGUUUAGAUAAACCCGACCCAUGGGUACCCGCUCACACCCAUAUAGUUAAUUUUCUCGGUAUAUUUAAUAUUCUAAACAAUAAUCUUAUUUAUGUUUGUGGAGACAUGUCUAAUUUUUUCUUUCAAAUUGUGUAGAAUGAAGUUGAUGUUAUCGAGUGGAAAGUGAAGAAACUUAAUUGAAAGGAAGAAGCUUUCAAUUAAUCAUGUUAUUUAUGGAUAAUUUGUGAUUUGCUUCAAUUUUCUUGAGUUUUCUAGAUUGGUGUUGAACAAUUUGUAUAGUUAAUUUGUGAUUUCUUGAAUUUUCUAGAAUGAUGUUUUAUAUGUGGAUAAUUUGUAUUGAGAGAUUGAUAUUUGACUUUAAUUUUGAUAGGAACUUGUUAUUGUAAAUUUUUUACGACCAAAACCCGUGUGUACCCAUGAACCCACAGAUACCCAACGAGUUGGGUUGGAUUUGAGUUUUUCAAACCCAGUGGGUUUUACCCCGGGUUUUUUUCACGGAUAAACCCAUGGGUUUGGGUUUGGCAAAACCCGACCCAACCCGACCCAUUGCCAUCCCUACUUGUCCGACCCGACCAUCGGUUAUUUUGUUUCCACGCCUUUUGUUUUUCUUCUUCUUCCAUCUCCUCAUUGUUAUGGUCUUAUGGACUGCCGGGCUUAUAUGGGUCUGGGCCUAGGUCUGGGCCAGGGCCAGGACUUUUCUAGCGCUGGAUCCGUUCAGCCUUGUUUAGAUUCGGCCCACUUCCAAUCUCUUCUUCUACCCGUGGUUGCCUUCUUCUAAUUUUAAACGCUGUACCAUUUCUCUUCUUCUACUCGACGGAGGGCGAACCCGAAGAAUAAAGCGAAGAUUCCACCGGCGCGGCGGCAGGCGGCCAUGUCUCUUUCUGCACUGCAGUUCGGUUUCUCCUCCUCCAUUUCCCCGGUCACAGCAACUCUCUCCUCCAGCUCCAAGAAACCCCACCUGGUCGCAGCGCAGUCGCGAAACCGCCGGCAAGUGUGGCGCCGGAGGAAAUUGACGAAGGAGGACGAUAUGAUGCGAGUGAAACUGGGGAGAGUUCCAUUCCUAGAGGAGCAAGUGAGGAAGAUAAGAGAGAACGGGAAGAUGCUGUCGUUCGACAUAGAGUGGCUGAUGAAGAAUGAAGACAACAAGUACGAGUUCGUGAACGACGUGGCGGCGGAGGCCACGGAGUACAUCGAGCGGAACAGAGACGAGUAUGGUGGGAACAAGAAGGCCAUCCUUCAUGUGCUCAGCAACCGGAUGAACGAUGCCGGGUUUUACCGGCCGGAGGCAUACGAGGUUUCUGAUCCCUUCAGGCCUGGACCCGAUUACUUGAAGGAAGAGUUCACCUGAUCAUCUCAUUGUUUCUUCCCCACUUGUGUAUGUUUGUUUGUUGUAGUAAGCCACAUUCUAAGCAGCAGCUUCACUAAUCCGGUGAUUUCCAAUCUUCUGUUCUCUGUAAUUGCUCUUAUCCAUGAAACAUUGCGACUUGGAAAUGCAAAACCAAAAAGAAACCCAAUUACAGAACAAUGGCGUAACCAAAUGAUUAAAUCUAGCAACAGAAG